AUGUCUACAAUAAAGUCUCUACCAUCCACCAUUAGAGCCCUAUUGCAGGCCGAUCCUACGUCCACAGAGAUCACGCUCGUUGAGCGUCCACUGCCAACGCCAAACCUUGAAAAGGGUGAACACCUGAUCCGCGUCUACGCUGCAUCUCCCUGCGCAGGAGAACUGAGAUGGCCGAGUAUGGUUGACAUCCCAGGAAAAGAGAUCAUUACCUGUGACGACGUUGCUGGCGUAGUCGUAACCGCCCCGACGGAUUCCCCCUUCCAGGGCGGAGAAGAAGUUUACGCUCGCACAAGCUACUGGCGCCCAGGAUGCGCACGCGACUAUGCAAUUGCCACCACUAACGAGUUGGCCCGUCGACCUCAGAAUCUAAGCUGGGCAGAGACCGCGGCAGUAGCUCUAUCCGCGGAAACAGCGUGGCAGGCUCUGUUUAAACAUGCUGGGGUAGGAAAUUUUGGUAGUCUCAAUUGGAAAGGGAAACGAAUCUUGGUGACGGGAGCUUCAGGGUGUGCUGGUAUGUGGGUUGUUCAGAUUGCAGCUCUUACCGGGGCAGAGGUUGUGGGAACAUGUGGUCCAAACAAUAUCGAAUUCGUCCGAUCACUGGGUGCUAAAGAGGCGCUUAAUUAUCGGACAUGCAAUUUUCAGGAAUGGGCGGAAGAGAAGGCAGAGCGCAAAGUUGAUGUGGUCAUUGAUUGUGUCGGUGGAAAGUCAUUGGAAGGUGCUUGGUGGUGUAUCCGUGACAAUGGUAUAAUUAUGAGCAUCUCGGAGCCGCCAGAGACGAAACGACCAGCAUCGCUAGCUGCAUCUGGUGUCAAGGAUCUUUUCUUCAUCAUGGAGCCGUCUGGAGCCGAUCUGGCAGAAGUCACAAAGCUGAUUGAGGAGGGUAAGUGUCGACCUAUUGUCGACAGUGUCUGGCCUUUGGAACAUUUCCAACAGGGAUAUCAGCGCAUGGAAAAUGGUCAGACCCGAGGGAAAGUCAUCUUCGACCUGAUGAUGAACACGCCAAAGCCCAAUGGGACAAAGUUUUCUCCCACACAAGAGAUUUCUCAUCCAUCUUCAUUCGCACUCAUCGGCACCUUGUAAUCAACAUGUGAAUCAACCCAACAUCGAAUCUUGAUUGGAGGCGGUUUCUGUUUUGCUUCAUUAUCUCGAUUUAUUAUUACCAUCAGAUAGGGGAUCCCUCUUUCCAGCGCUUCCGGAUGGAUGAUGUACGCACUUGGUGCUAUUGCGAGAACUAGUUAGUUUCUGGCCCAAGCGUUUAGUCGUCUGCAUUGCUGCCCAACUUAGG